AUGAAUGUUAUUGGCACAAAAUGGAUCUACAAGAACAAAUUUGAUGAAAAAGGGAUUAAAGCACCUAGGGGCUGGUAUGAAAGGCUCACUGAGUACCUUGUUAACAAUGGAUACAGGAAAGGAGGAACAGAAAAGACACUAUUUGUUAAAGAAGAGAAUGGUAAACUCAUGAUAGCUCAAAUAUAUGUUGAUGGCAUUGUGUUUGGAGGAAUGUCGAACCAGAUAGUACAACAUUUUGUCAGGAAGAUACAAUUUGAAUUUGAAAUGAGUCUUGUUGGUGAAUUAACAUACUUUCUUGGGCUCCAAGUCAAACAAAUGGAUGGCAUUAUCUUCAUCUCUCAAAGCAAGUACGCCAAGAGCAUAGUAAAUAAGUUUGGCAUGGAAAAGGCUAGUCAUAAAAGUACACCUGCACCAACUCACUUGAAACUGACUAAAGAUGAAAAAGGUGUAAAUUUGGAUCAACGUCUAUAUAGGAGUAUGAUUGGUAGCCUAUUGUAUCUUACAGCUAAUAGACUUGACAUGACAUUUGUUGUAGGAGUUUGUGUUAGAUAUCAGUCUGAACCCAAAAUGAGUCAUAUUAUUCAAGUGAAAAGGAUCCUGAAGUAUAUCAAUGGAACUAGUGACUAUGGAAUAUUGUAUUCUCAUAAUGCAAACUUCUUGCUUAUAGGAUACUAUGAUGCAGAUUGA